AUGCAGACAGGGCUGCGGAGCGCGGCGGCAGCCCGCUCCGGAGGCGCAGGGGUGACGGUGCAGGGAGACGCCAAGAAGCCCUCCCCCGGCCCUGGUGAGCAGCGCCAGGUAGCGGCGCGACGGGAGCAGAAACGGCCGAGGGCGCCCCUUAAGGAACGGGAGCACGUGGGCCUGGGAGAAUGGCGUCGAAAAGCCAGACUCCAAACUGGGGACGAGGACGGCCGCGGUGCCUGCCAAGAUCCUCAACACCGCCCUGCCCGACUCGCCCGGCAGAAAGCUCCUAAUCCGCAGACGCACCUUCCGGGGAGGCGCGCGCGCGCGCCGAGGCAAGAGCCGGAAGUUCCCCUGAGAACGGGCCUUCCCGCGAAAACCGCCGGCCGGAACUGCCAGGAGGUCCCGCCUCCGGGCGGAACUCCGGGUUGCCGGGCAACCGCGGUGGGAGACGCAGGCUGGCUCUGUGUUCCGUGGGGCAAGCCGAGUGUAGCUCCCACCCCCUGUCCUGGCAACUUCCUUUCCUGGCCGCCUUCCUUCUUGCCGCCUCUCCUUGCGUCGGGGAAUCCCUGCCCUUGGCAAUACGUACACCUCUCCGGCUCCCAAGACCGCUUAGCGCCCACCUGCUUGAAAGCCGGUAUUCACCCGAAGCGGAGCGACCUGGCCCCGGGCGUGGCCUCCACGCUGACCGACCGCACCUCCCUGGCCAUGGGCACCUACACCUACACCUACACCAGCCGGCCUCGGGCCCUGCCCUGCCAGCGCCGCCGUUACCGGGACCACCUGAUGCAGCUUGCUGAAGAGCCUGUGCAUCAUGGAAACAUAAUGUAUGACAGAAGGGUGGUCCGAGGCAAUACUUAUGCUCUACACACAGGACCUCUGCCUGGGCAGCCUGAUCCUAUAGAAAUUCAGAGACAGCAACAGGCUAAGAGGAGGGCUCUUGCCAAAAAACGAGCUCAAGAACAGUUCAGACCACGAACACCCGAGCCCGUGGAAGGCAGAAAGCACGUGGAUGUGCAGACAGAAAUGUACCUUGAAGAAAUUGCUGACCGCAUAAUAGAAGUUGAUGUGGAAUGCCAAACAGAUGCAUUUUUGGACAGACCACCAACACCACUCUUUAUUCCUGCCAAAACUGGCAAAGAUGUGGCCACCCAGAUACUAGAAGGAGAGCUCUUUGACUUUGAUCUUGAAGUUAAACCAAUGUUAGAAGUUCUGGUGGGAAAGACCAUUGAGCAGUCUCUUUUGGAAGUAAUGGAAGAAGAAGAGUUGGCUAACCUGCGGGCCAGUCAGUGUGCGUAUGAAGAGUUACGCAACGUCGAACUUGCUGAAGUCCAGCGACUUGCAGAGCAAGAGAAACGACACAGAGAGGAAAAAGAGCGCCGGAAGCGACAGCAGUGGGAGGUGGCGUACAAACACAGCGAGACCGAGCAGAAAGUGGCGGCGCGCGUGUUCGCCCAGCGGUACCUGGCCGACCUUCUCCCCUCGGUGUUCGACAGCCUCCGGGACGGCGGCUACUUCUACGACCCCGUUGAAAGAGAUAUUGAAAUAGGAUUCCUUCCAUGGCUAAUGAAUGAAGUUGACAAAACAAUGGAAUACAGUAUGGUGGGAAGAACAGUGCUUGACAUGUUGAUUCGUGAGGUGGUUGAGAAGAGACUGGCUGCGUAUGAGCAGAGGGACGACCAGCCCCCGGCCGGGAAGCCGAAGGACGAGCUCGGGGGCUCCGGGAGGACGACAGAACCACCAGUGGGUUAUGAACUCCAGGAACAAAGCACAGCACAGCCACAGAGGCCGCUUCUGGGAAGAGACUCCCUGCAAAGAACACCAGAUGAUGGAAGGUAUAUGGAGAGUGUGUUAGCCCAAGAAACGAAGCUUAUGGAAGAAGGAGAGUAUGAGCAAACAAAAAUAAGGAAAACCUCGGGGACAGGAGUGCUACGACCAAGGGGAGACUUCCAGCCAUGAAACCAAUCAACGGCCAGUCAGCAUUGCAAGCAAUCAGGUAAUGGUGCGCAGGCUCCCUCGGGUUAUGGAAAUUAUGUUGCAUUUACUCAACAUGUCUUUUUGUCUACUGGAUUGGACAAAUCAAAUAUGUUGAAAUAAUAAAACUAACUGAAAUGAAA